AUGAAUAACCAAAACACCCUACCUCUUCGCCCUCAUCGCCCUGUUUCCUCUUCCGCUCCCGUCAACAACUUAGCACCACCACAGCCCUCUCAACCAACAAGUACUGUUCAAGAACCGAAAAAGGCCAAACGCAAACUACGUGCCCAGAUCUUUGCUAAGCUUUCACUUGUGAAGCCGAAGAUGAAAGCCGCAAUUGUCACUUCGAUUACAUAUGGAGAGUGUUAUGCUCAUAUCAUUGAUGAGGAGGAGAAAGUGAGGUACUCUAGCAUGGCACAAGAAAGCAUCAAAGCCGCGCUGAAGGUUCUAUUGGCACUUGUUGAGGAGGACGUUCUCAGGUUGGGUGGCGCGAAAGGGAUGAAAGAGGUGGAACUGGGGGAGAGUGAUGGAGAGGAGGAAGAAGAGGAGGUGGAUUACGAGAUCGAAGCUGAUUAA